AUGUUACCAAUUACGCGCAAAAUCAAAAUUGAUUUUGGAGAAGCAAAGUUGUUGCUAGUGAUGUUAAUGGCGAUUCAUGUAGUCGCUGAACCUUGCAUUUUCACAUCGCCGUUGACGCUGCAAUUGUUACUGGAAUAUGCAGAAUGGCGAUCUUGGGAUCAAGUUGUGAUCUUCGAUAAUAUCAGCCCGUUUAGUUGUGCUCUUAAUUAUGCUCGGCCGUUGAUCAAGUGCUUCGGUGAAAAGGGCAUCAGUGUGUCUCUACAAUCAGCAACGAACCCGAACGUACCGGAUGCUCUUACGAUCAGAACACAUCGCGUCGGCUCGAUCGUCCUCUUGGAUGGACUCAAUCUAACAUCACCUGAUAAUAUUAUCCAAGUGGCCUCCCAGAAAUUCUUGUUCAACUAUUACAUUUCCUGGCUUAUGGUGACCACAAGAAGACAUGAUUUUACCAUCGACACCGUCCUUCGAGAUCUAAAUGUCGGUAUCGACAGUGACGUGAUCGUAGCUACCUCGCCACUACAGAAUGAUGCUGCUGCUUGGAUAUAUGCUCAAAAAUAUCGAGAUAAAAUUUGUCAGUCCUUUCAGCGAUAUGGUGAUCGUUUUGAAUUCAUGGGACCGCCGCCGGAACGACGUAAUGUCGAAAACGCCACGACCAAUUUGAGCUAUACCACUGAAGAGAAUCGCACAGUAUCGUUCUACUUGAUGCACACUUACAAAAUACGUCACUCCGACAAUACGAGUCUAAUUGUCCGCUAUCUCGGUUUCUGGAAUCCAGAAUCUCACACUCUCAAAUUGCCGAUGAGCGUGAAGCUCAGAAGCGAUUUCAACGGUCUUCCCAUUGUCUUUGGAGUAUUGAACGGAACCAGCGAUGGGCAGACAGACGUUAUCGAAUCAGAGGCCACUGCCAACGAUAUCGCACCCCUUUUGGACUUUGCUACCAUCGUCACCCAUAGCGUGAAUGCCAGCAUCGAGCUGGUGCCGCACGAAAAGUUAGGUAUGUUAGCUAAUAAAGAAUGGAGCCAUCUUCUCGGUGAUGUUGUAACUGGCACUGUCGACAUCGGUUUAGGAUAUAUAACGGCGAAUGACGAAGAGCGUUGGACAGAAAUGACAUUUAGUCAUCCUUUAAUACGUUACAUGAGAAAUAUUUAUUAUCAUCCGUUGGAGACCGGCACGAUGAGGGAUAUAUUUUUGCAACCGUUCGAUAAUCGAUUACUUGGCUGCGUCGCUGGAACAUAUCUCAUCAUGUUUAUCGCGAUGGCGACAGUUAUUUAUGCUGCUAAAACAAUGUUACAUGAUGAAGAUGAAAAACACGUCGAGAUCGGGGAAUCUGCACUUUGGUGCUUGAGUAUCAUGUGCAUGCAAGGAUCACCCUGGACACCUCGAAGUCCAUCAGGAAAGACUCUAUUGUUAUCCAGUUUAAUAUUCUCCCUCGUGAUGUACAAUGCUUAUGCUGGUUUCAUCACAUCCAUACUAUCGGUGCAGGCAACUGGAAUCAAAUCGAUCACCGAUCUUCUUUUUAAUAAUUUCAAGCUAGGAUACAGUGCCGCCGACGAUACAUACAUAAGAAAUGCGAACGAUAGCAAUCUUCGUCAGUUGUACAUAAAAGCGUUUAACAAUCGCGAAUCUCGUCUCGAGACGAGGACUGGCCUUAUGAAAGCUGUCAAAGAAAGGUAUGGAUUCUUCGUUAGCGCGACUCUUGCUCGGCGAGCUCUCAAAACAACCUUCAUACAGGAACGAUGCAUCUUGAAAGAGUUGAUGCUUCCACAAACACUUACAGUCGUCGCUCUUCCUAUGGCUAAAAGUUGCCCAUAUAGGAAAAUCAUUAAUCUCAAUAUAUUGCGAAUCUACGAACGUGGCGUUCUGGAUAAGAUACAGGAACGAAUGCUGCCGACGAUGCCGCGAUGCGCAGCGUCGGCGGACUUUCAUAGCGCGAGGCUCGCCGACGUCUAUUCCGCUUUCUUUCUAUUGGUAGCAGGUAUGGUUAUUGCGAUUUCUAUUGGCAUCUUCGAAAGAAUAUGGAAUAAGCGGAGGCAAAUGCAAGAAACUGUUGUGCGCGGUAUACGUAAGCACAAUCUGAUAUCACACCUCCACUUUCAUCAUCAUCACGAUGGUGGUCACAAUCGCUCCAACGAUCAUCCUCAUCUCGUUGCUGCUCCAACUGGCAAGUUACGCGGUUAUAAUCUCCCUUAUAUGAUCAUGUUACAAGAUCAUGCUCAUCAAGUGCAGUCGUUUGUCGGUUUUCAAGAACGUGACGUUUCUUUAGAAGAACCGAGAGGUUUGGAGCUUUUGAAAGUACGGCAGAAAUCAGCAGGUCCUAAAAGAGCGUCCUGGUCUUCUUUCUCAAGCUUGCCCAAGAGGAAGAUAAAAUCAACCAAAAAAAUCCCAUCGAACAUGGAAAACAUUCGAGUCUUUCCGUUUAACAAUUAA